UGUGUCUCUGUGUGUCUCUGUGUCUCUGUGUCUGUCUGUGUGUCCGUGUGUCUGUGUGUCUGUGUGUCUGUGUGUCCGGGUGUUUGUGUGUCUGCGUGCCUGUGUGUCUGUGCGUCUUUGUGUUUUCAACGACGCGAGCAUCUCUGGGGCCUCGUCCUGGAGGAGAGCGGGUCGGACAACGACCAGCCCGCCGUCUCGCCAGUGCACCUGGGCGGCAGCUGCGAGGCGCCCGCGCCGGCCGAGGCCGCGCCGCUCGGGGCGCGGAGCCCGCCGCUCGCGAAGCGGUCAGAGCUCGCGCGGGCGCUGCCGCGGGGCAGCGUGCUCUGCCCGCUGGCGCUGGAGCUCGGGGAGUGCAUCAGCCGCGGGGAGUUCGCCGCGGUGCACCGCGGCCUGCUGCGGAGAGACGCGGGCGGGGCCCGCGCUGUGGUGGUCAAGGCGCUGCGCGGGGGCGGCGCGGGGGACGGCGGGGGGCGGGCGGCGGCGGAGCUGCUCGCGGAGAUCAGGAU